ACUCAGUAUACAAGGUGGUACAAUGUCAGAAUUAUUACGAAGUCCGAGUACUACCCCUCAACAAGGUACUGCAACCUCCCUACCUGGCAUUCUUCUCGGAACUCCUAAAUCACCAUCGCGUACACCGGUCUGUAACUACAACUACCCAGCCAGCAAUGUCAGCUACAAUCCUACUCCAGAACAUAUCAGAUCAACCUCCCCCUCCCGCUUUGCUCCUAAACGAUCGACGAGUUCAGCGAACAAAGAGAACUGUUUACCUACAGAAUCACUGUACGACAGUGUACUGAUAACAGAUAAGAGUGUGCUUCACAGGACACCUGAGAGACAAAGUAGACAAAGUGUGGUGGCUACUCCCAUCACUCCUGGAAGCAGAGCCAGGUCCAGGUCCCCCGCCCGGAGAUUAGGAACUUUAGCUGGAGAGAGUAUGUACGAGGAACCGUUACCGGACACUUGGGUUACUGUGUUCGGAUUUCCGUCAAAUUCGUCAGAAUCUGUGUUGCAGCAUUUCUCGCAGUUCGGAAAAAUAACAAAGUUCGAAAAGCCAUCACAAGGGAAUUGGCUGCAUCUCAUGUUCGAAUCUAAAAUACAAGCUAGAAAGGCCCUGAGUAGAAGUGGGUCUGUUCUCAACAGAGAUAUAAUGAUUGGUGUAGUGCCAUGUACUGAUCAGAGAAUUAAAAGUUCGGGGGAAAGUUUAAAUUCCUCAGUAAUACACACACCCAAACGACACGCAAAACCACACGAGGUAGCUCAAGAUGUGACUCUCUUACCUCGCAAGGACGAAGGGAUUUUGUAUAGAAUGGUGGGAUAUGUUCUUGGGUGGUAACAUAUUGACAACUAGUUGGAUUUGAGAAAUAGGAAAUAUGACGUUGGGUUGGGGGAAGUUUUUAAUCUAUCUGAAUAUGAUAAAAUGUGUGGUGAUUAAAUUUCUAAACAACCUGUCUCCUUUAUUGGAUAUAUUUUAAUUUUCGUAGCAUUUUGUAAAUUAUUGCGUAUUGGACCCUACGAUUUGAUGACCAAAAUUAAUCGGUAACUAUUCCUUUUUUGCCUCUGACGCAGAUUUUUAUGGAAAAUUUGAUGCUCUUUUUGAAGAGAGUUCAAAAUGAUGUGUUUUGUUUGAGCUAAAUAUUGGCCGAUUUAUUUAAGCUAAAUACAACGUUUUGAAUGUUGACAUUCCCAUCAAUUUGUAGUCGAUUUUGUACAUUUUAAAAAUUGUGCAUUUUAA